UGCUCAGCUAGCCUCCAUCAUUGAGGUUUUGGCGAAUGCAGCCGUUGCCGAAAUCUGCAAACUUGUAGAUGACGGCCAUGCUGCCUUACGGUUGGAAAUUUCCCAUAGRCAGAAAGAAAUCGAUAACCUGCGGAGGAAGCUGCUUUUGACAAAAUUCCAUAAUUCUCGGCGGAGCGCAGAGAGAUUUGGAGCCCUGCGACGCACAGUUCACAGGCGAGUGGACACGGAUCAUGUUGCCCGGGAGAGAGAGAGCUUCGUAGAAAAGGCAAAAAGCAGACUUGGAUAUUUGGAAAAUCGUUUUGCCUAUAGUGAAGGGGGCAAAUGUAUGCAGGAUGUCACCAACCGGAGAGACGCAGGACGCACAGCGACAGACCAGGAUGGGGCCAUGCAGAUGGCAGAUAUGCAAGAGGCACCUCUUAUCAAAAUGGAAAAUCUUGACACCAGCAUYACGGAAGAGAUUGUCCAACCGGUCAGUGAGAGCAGUGAGAAGAUCAUUGUAGCAGAACCAGGUUCUUCAUCAUCUACUGAAACCACAGACCUUCUGGACCAGCAGGGCAACAGACACAGAGCUCCAGACACCUCACUCAAUAUKGAACCUGYAAACCAGACSUUCCAGCAUCCAGCYUCACAAUACAACAGAGCAAGACAGGACCAUCAGGUUGCUGAGGGUGUGACCUGGGAAACUGACCAUCAACCCAUAGAAUACAGCCUGUCCCAAUGGACAGAGAACCAAGAGACUGACAACCAAACUGUGAAUGCUCCUCACAAUGCCUGGCCAGACUUCAAGAGGCUGUCUGGACAUCCAGAGAGGAGAGGGGCGCAGAUAGCCUCCAUCAUGGAGGUGCUAGCCAAUGCGGCUGUUGCCGAAAUCUGCAAAGUUGUUGACGAUGGCUAUGCGGUUGUACAUCUGGAGAUGACUCAAAGCCACAAGGAGAACGAAUUUCUCCGGAGGAAAUGA